AUGGUGUCUCAAAUCUGGUCUGCAAACACUAAGAUUCGUCUUCCCCAUCCGUUUUUGACAUCAUUUCAUCUUGUCCCGUUGAAUGAUGCCCAUUACAAUGAAUCAUUCCAGCUGAGCAGGGAAGAAGGAUUUGCGAGCGAAGCUCCUCUCCCUGUGGAACUCCAUGAUGACACUAUCUCAUUCACAAGGCCAAGAGCUCCAACCUCGAUUGGGCUUCCUGCUAUCCCAUUACGUCAACAGAGAUCCCGAGAAGACCCAAUGAGUAUCUGUACAUGGGAUAGUACAGGAGUGGUCACCAUAAAUCAUAUUUGGCUGAUUCUCUACACGAUAUUCACCAUCGAGCCCAACCUAGAGACCGUCCGACUACAACUCAAGGGGCCUGACAGCGAGACUAUUAGUGAGAACUUACGUCUAUCUAUGGUGGCCCUCAAUUCCGAUGGUUGCUCCGUCGUAUUUCGCAACAGUUUCUGGCAGGGAUGUGCCUCGCCGCUGGGACCUCGUUCAAUCUGGACAUCCUCUGCAAACAAUGCCAUGCCACAUUUAAACUACGUCACCACAUCUACAGCAACAAUACGUCGCACUCACCCACUCCGCCCUCCAAAGUCUUCACCAGGAUCGAUUGUGUACAGCCGAUACAUUCCAAGUCUGGAUAAAGUCUUUUCCUUGGCUGUCAUUGACUACCAGGAACCUACUCAUGUGGAAUUCUUCCACCAGUCAAGAAGAACAACCUCCCCAGCCACCCACUUGGGAAUUCAAGGAGACUCCUUGGAAGAAGAUUAUGAGUAUCUUCGCCGACAAAGUGAGGAUGCACAUACGAUUGGCCUGCUUGGUCGGUUUGACGGGACAUUAUUUGGAUACUUUGAGGUUUUCUGGGCCAAGGAGGAUGUCUUGGGUGUGGCUAGUGAUGGUGGCGAUUUUGACCGUGGAUUGAACGCCUCAAUCGGAUACUCGUCCUUCAAAUCUCGGCGUUGGCUGCAAGCCUGCUGGUCGAGCCUACUCCAUUACAUGUUUCUUGAUGAACACCGGACAGAAAGUAUCAUUGGCGAUGGAGUAUGCGGUCAUGAGCUACUCGGUGAUGCCUCGUUUGAGUUGUUGGAGGAUCGUACGGUGGAAAUGCCGCACCAGCAGGUACAUCUUACAAGAUAUUCGCGUGAAUUGUUCUUCUUGCUCUGUCCGUUUGAUGGGGCACUUGAAGAUGUCAAUUUGCAGCUCCCUUCUCGUUUAUAG